AUGGAUCUCAACGUGACAGUUUCCCUUACCGUGUUAUCCGUUCUCAUCGUUGCCGCGAACCUCUUCGUUGUUAGUUUAGUUUGCUUGAAAAGAGUCCCACGAACAUACACCAACUGGCUGACUGUUUCACUUGCUGUGUCCGACAUACUUACAGGAGGCAUUUUAUUUCCCAUGCUAGUCAUAGGGCUAGCACACAUCGUGGCAGAUUGUUUGUUAACUAUGAUCUUGCUCUGGGGUGUUGCUAACAUAUGCGCACUCACUUACGAUCGAUACGUUGCCAUUACUAAGCCUCUACACUACACUUACCGCAUACCUGAGAUAUUCAAAAAAACCAUAAUCGCUGUAUGGUUAUUUCCAACCAUAUACGGCUUACUGCCAUUAUUUUGGAGAGCGGAUCGUUCAAAAACAAUUCACUUGGUGUACCUUGUUUGCUUGGAAUUCGUUGGCGUGAUCACUCCGUACAUCUUUAUGACAAUCGCCUAUAUUAGGAUUUUUAAGGCAGUGAGGCAAGGCUUGGCAUCGAGGAAUAAAUUAGAUUGCACAAUGAAACAGAUCAACAAACGCAGACACAUCUCUUCUGAUGCACAAGUAGCGAAACUUUUCUUCAUCAUCUCUGUGGCCUUCCUAAUUUCGUGGAUGCCGAUCAUUUAUAUGACAACCGCAGUCAGUGUUUUUGGUCGGUUUGACAUCGUUCCCACUGUCCUGCCGAUCAUUUCACUAUAUACAGUAGCCAUUGCCUCGUUGGUAAAUCCCUUCGUGUAUGGCUUCCUCAAACCGGAUUUCAGGGUUGUAACACGAAAUAUCUGUCGAAAUAACAAUCGAGUGGUAGCGAUGUCCAAGACACCUAAACAGGCUUGCCAGGUGAAAACAGAUAGACACACAAACCGCCGUGAAGAGCCCCCUCAACAACCUUCAAUUAAUAGCGAGCGCGAGUCGUAUUAG